CUUCUUUUUAGGCAGCCCGCGCUCCGGAAAAUCAUAGAGCUUCCGCUUCCUGUCAAGACAUCCGCUCAGCAACAUCACAUCAUAAUGCCUAAAUCAAAGGAAAGACUGUCCUCCACAUCUGGAAGUGACUCUGACAGUGAAGCAGAAACCAAGGCAAAAAGAAAGAAGUCCAUUGCACCAGAGAAACCAGCCAAGAAAGUAAAGAGUGGAGAGAGCUCCAAGCCAGGCGGCUCCUCCAAGGGCGGCAGUGAUGCUGGAGACAACAUGUUCCAGAUUGGAAAGAUGCGAUACGUCAGCGUCAGGGACUUCAAAGGGAAAGUCUUGAUUGACGUCAGAGAGUACUGGACAAACUCGGAUGGGGAGAUGAAGCCGGGGAAGAAAGGUAUCUCCCUGAAUCCUGAACAGUGGAACCAACUGAAGGACCAGAUUUCAGAAAUUGAUGACGCCAUAAAGAGAUCAUAAGCAUUCCUUUUGAUGUUCUGUGUUAACUCAUUAUGUUAGUUUGCUAAGCGUUUUUGUAAAUAGCCUGUUGAUGUUUUCUAAUGGGCUAUAGUUUUGUAGAUCUAGUGGUGUCUGGUUUCUGUGUGUAUUUGUUUGUAAAGCAGCUGAAGUAGAGGGUGGGCGGCUGGGUAGGUGUGUGAUCAAUACUGGUGGGUAGAGUCUAUGAGUACAGUGAUGUUUUUGUAUUGAAUAAAGAAAGGAGGCACUAGCUACAUGUGUAA